UUAAAAAAAACUGGACAAAACGAACGACUUCAGAUUAUGAGGUUGUCAGCGGCACUGUUAUAAAGUGUUUAGUGUUUGUGGAACGAACAAACCGUGCACCGCCUGAGUUUGGUAUCACUGCCAGCUGGAAGUAAUUCGUAGAUUUGCCUCGGUGAACGAAGAAUCAUUUGAGGGCAAUAAUGAGCUGGCAACAGUAUGUAGAUCAGAGCUUGCUGGGAACUAAGUGCGUGACGAAAGCGGCCAUUCUUGGUCUGAGCAAUGGACAAGUGUGGGCGACAACGCCUGGCUUCGCGGUGUCUGAGAAAGAGGUGGGGGUGUUGCGCAACGCCUAUCAGAAUCCCGAGGAUCUGUACAGCAGCGGGUUAGUCGUGGCCGGUACGCGCUUCGUCUUCCUGAGACGCAGUGGUGAGUCGGCCCUGUACGGACGCAAGGGCUCUGACUCUGGCGUGUGCAUCUGCAAGACCCUGACGGCACUCAUAGUCGGUUACUACGAGAAUGGCAUACAGCCUGGAUCGUGCAAUGCUGUUGUGGAGAAGCUAGGCGAUUAUCUCCGAGAGCAACGCUACUAGAAGCGACCAUGCUCUGACCUGCACAUCAGUGACUUGAACCAUUAUUAUAGGUGUCCAGAAUUUUAAUAACCACCAGCUGGAGUAUACGAUAUGUUGCUGGCCAGGAAUAUUUUACAAAACUACAUUUAGUUCUUGCAAUGAUGUUUCCGAUUCUGAAAUUUAUCUCUGUGAUGGAGGUUGACACAUGCCCUCAAAAGGGCAAAAAUGCCGGCUCUUCUUUUCUUUACCGAUGAAUGCAUGUGCGCAGACGCUACAGUUUGUUUGGAAAAUGAAAUAAUUGAGAUUUGUGUUACGCCAGGAACUUGCCAUGCCUGAGAUAGUUUUGGGUCAUUUCGCAAUUCCACGUCGUGAAAUCGAAUGGUCUUCCAUCACUGCAGUCUAGCUGUGGUGCUUUCCCCUGUGGGGCAAGUAUAUGAUGUCACUCGUCGCAAUUGUUAAAGUAAGCCGCGGCGAUGUACUUCCUCAGUAACCUCAUCCUCAUUGCUUGAGUUUUUCUGCUUGCCCUCUGUUCUAACCACACCCACACUCGUCUCCA